UCGGCACAGAGUCCCGCGGCUACGGGCGGCGCAGGGGUGCAGCAGGCGGCAGGAGCGACACAAGGCGCGCUGGUGCCGCCGCAGCAACCUUCGCCGCGGGCCGCCUCCCCUCAGCACAAGAGCAUGGAGCUCGCGCUCUGUCAAAGCAUGGAUUCAGUCAAUACCGCCACAACAGAGGAAGAGGUCCGGACUUUGUUCGUGAGUGGACUGCCGAUGGAUGCAAAACCUCGCGAACUAUAUCUUCUGUUUCGAGCAUAUGAGGGUUACGAGGGCUCCCUCCUAAAGGUUACCAGUAAGAACGGAAAAACAGCAUCGCCUGUCGGGUUUGUCACAUUCCAUACUCGAGCGGGGGCAGAGGCAGCUAAACAGGAUCUUCAGCAGGGCGUCCGAUUCGACCCCGACAUGCCGCAAACGAUUCGGUUGGAGUUCGCUAAAAGCAACACGAAGGUCAGCAAGCCGAAGCCGGCAGUUGCCACAGCCGCGCCAGCCGCACACCCUGCAUUGAUGCACCCACUCACUGGACACUUGACGAGUCCGUUCUUCCCUGGCGGAGGCGCUGAGUUGUGGCACCACCCACUAGCGUAUGGUGGCGAGCUGCCAGCGCUAUCGCACGGACUGGUGCAUCCAGCCAUCCACCCGCAGAUGGCUCCUACUCCCCUGACGCUGGGCGCUUGCGUGCUCCCGGCGCCCGCACUAGGCUCCCCGGGCGCGGCCGUCCCGGGCCAUGCGCCGGCGCCACCCGCGCACCCCGCGCACCCUGCCCCGCCUUGCUCCACUCUGUUCGUCGCUAAUCUUGGACAAUUCGUAUCCGAACACGAACUAAAGGAAAUUUUCAGCAGCUGCCCGGGUUUCACCCGGCUCCGCCUGCUGUCGGGGGGCAACGCCGGCAGCACCGGGCCGGUGGCCUUCGUGGACUUCGCUAGUCCGGCCGACGCCGGCGCCGCCAUGGCAAGGCUGCAGGGCGCGCUGCUCCUCAGCUCCGAGGGGGCAAUCCACGUGGAAUACGCAAGGCAUAAGAUGGCACACAACGGCUGGAUUCUCGCACAUGAAGGAGCCAAAGGCGGAGAAGAGGCCGAACAGCAUUAGCUCGUUCGUGGCUCUCGGCACUUGACAACCAGCUAACUGAGGGACGCGCAAUCUUGAUCCUCUAAGUCGCAUCGGAACCACGGGAGACGGAGCUUACUACGGCAACACCUACGUAUGUCCGCAUUACGGCUAAUUCGGAUCAAGAUUCCUCAGGUCUAGUAGACCGCAUAGUAACGUCUAGAACAUAAGCUCUGUCUCCUCUUUUGUUAAUCUUUUCCGUUUACCAGCGUCAGAGGUGUGGUGUAUCAUAAAUACCAAAUUUAGCAAGUUUAUUGUAUUAUUAUUAACAUUCCAAGUUAUUGUUUACCUUAAAUAAUUAAAUUAAUAUAAUUUGAAAUUAUUAUUCAGUAAAUUUAAUCUAUGUUUGUUUAAUAUUAUUCAUUUUUAUUAUGUAAUAUAAGAUUUAUUUACAACUAACUUAUUGUUCGAAAAGUUUGUAUAUUUGUUUCAACAUGACCGAUGUAUACAACUGAGAGGAUUUGUUAUGAUAUAGCGUAUAGCCAGAAAUUAAACAUUUUAGGAUAAAUCUCAUUCGAAUAAGCUAAAAACCAAAGGUGCCCUUCAUAGAAACAUUACGUUUUGUUAAAUAAUAUUUCAAGUUGAAUGAUUUUAAUAAAGUUGUAUGUAAUUAUUACGAUACUUUUGUUUUAGCCUCGAUAAUGUUAGCGUAUUUAAAUAAAUUUCAUGACUAUUUCAAAUUAUAUUUACCUAAUACUUUCUUAGUAAUUUUAUAUAAUGUUCAAUCACUCGUUAAAGCACUGGCACUCUAGUGUUGGUCUUACGAUCCUUUCUACCUGUAAAUGAAAUUAUUGCAAUAAUUAUUUAAAAAUACUAUGACUUGACGCGGAAGACGGUCGCCUCGUUGCGCUGACUGUCGAGUGCAUUGCAUCACUGAACUAUCGCUCAUCGCAUUGUAUCUUUCUAUUCAACUAUUGUAACCAAUUUAUUUUUUGAAACUUUUAUUUCAAAAUUACACAAACAUUUCUUGUGCCUUGCAAAAUUGUGACGAAAAGGAAUAUUUGAUGAUAACAUUUAUAAUUCCCUACAGCUGUCCCUUUGUUUCUGUCAAACUUCACUGAUCCCGUUCGUGAACGAUGCGACGCAAUCGAGAGGAGUUCAGUCUUGCUGCGAGAAUUUAGCCUUGGCCUUAUGAGAGUUAAAUAAUUAAAUGUAAUCAUUAUAUUAAUUAAUAGUAUCUAAUUACUUGGCGACGUGCGCGCCUGCGCUGAAUAGUGAAACAAUUAUUCUACUAUCUGCAUGCUUUGACGAGCUUUUUGGUAAUAAUCUAAUUUAAACUUUAGUAGUUACUUUAAUUGUGUAAUCGUUAGGUGAAUAAUACUAGGUAAGGGUAUUUAUUGUAGACAAUCAGCAUAGUUGCAUUACUAUUUAAUGAAAGUUAUUCGUACAUAAUAAUGAAACAAUGUAAUGAAAUUUUAAUUACUAAAGUGUUAGGGUUAAUCAAAUGGAAGAUUAAUAUAUUUUUUAUUUUUAGCUAGUUGACUUUCGCAAACAGAUCGACUACUUAGUUACCUUCACUGAUCACAGUGACAAUUAAGUACACAUCAAUGCGAGAUAGCAAUAAACCAAAAAUGAAAUCUAAAUGUUAUUAUAGGUAUCUAGUGUCGUAAUCUGCUGAUGUAAACAUGUAAAAAUUAUACAAAAAAAAAUAAAAAAAAAUAUCCCUGCUUAGGCUAUAAUGAGAUAAAUAAGGUUACGGAUAUUCUUGGGUUAAAAUCUUGACGCGACAAAUCUAUGAGGCAUUCACGAACUCCGGCGCCUGCGCGUGCGCACGCUGGCGUUGCAAAAGAGAUUCCGCAUGUGAAUUCUUAUGAAAAUCUCUUAGUCAAUAUUAAAUAAAAAUUUCGUCAAUUUUUGACUUAGCAAAAUUUUAUACGUUGUUUAUAUUGUAACUUUCAGAUACCGAGCGUCGGGCGUAUAGACCAAAGAUAAAGCAUAUACUUACAUAAUUAUAAUACUAACCUCAAACCGAACCAAACUUGUAUUUUGUAGGCAGUCUAGUGCUGGUCAUGUUCGUUUUUAUAUGUUGGGAUUUUAAUCUUCACUGUCAAUUUUAGCGACACAUGGUUUCCAUUAUUGCAGGGUGAGACCGAAACCCACAUUUACAUACGGGUGGCAACUAAAUAAGGUAUCUAAGAGACUAUUUUUAAUUGUUACCUACCAUUGCUAUUUAUAUUCACCAAUUUGAAAUGACCUAUAAUAUUUUAGAGGUUUAUUAAGUUUAUCGUCUCAAAAAACUGUCUUAUUAAAUAAUUCAUCAGAUAAAUAAUAAUAUUGUCCGUGACGUCAAGUCAUUUCAAAAUCUUUGGAGUAUUCUCUUAUAUAUUCGUAAUUCAUUGUCUGUUUUAAUAAUUAAGCUAAGUCAAUGUUUACUUAUUUAAUUCGAUAUAAUGCUAAUUCGUAUGUAAGUAAUUGUGUAAUAAUGUAGUAGUGAUCUCCCAUACCUUCGGCGUGAAGCGUCCCCGAUCGUACUCUAAAAUACAACGAAAAGUUUAUUUUUCUUUUCUGUUGUCGCUUUAUAGAUCAUUUGAUGGUUGUAUUAAGCUCUCUUUAUAAAAAGCAAAUAGAUGUUGUUUUAUUUUAUAAUUCUACAGCCAUCAAAUGUUUUAAGCAAUUUUGAUUUACGCGGUAUCUUUGCGAUCGCCAUCUUGCAUAUGUUUACAAAAUGAAUCCGAUUUAAGAUGGCGGCCAGGAUUCGCAAUAUUCGUAGGGGACGCUGACGCCGCCAUGAUUCCGUCCAACAACCGUAGAUAGCGAGUAAGAGACGUCCAGUGGCUGCGGACACGGCUACGUCACCUUUUGCGGGACUACUCGAUACAUAUCAUCGUGUAAUAUUAAUGUGUAAUUAGGAGUAAAGAGCGGUUUCAUAGAGACGUUUAUUCUGUAAUCUCGUCUACUACUUGUAAUGCAAUCGGCUAUAUGUCACGCUAUAUACAAAAUCGAUUUGGGUUGAGAUAACUCGCUUGCAAUUAUGUCUUUUGCCAGAAAUCAAUUUUCGCUUAACAUUCUCAUUUCGUUUAAAUGUAAACAACCGACACGAAAUGCCCUAAAGCGAUAUUUUCUUAACGUUUACUGUGAAAUCGACUAAAUGGUAUUUGGAUCGUCGUCCGUAAAGGACUCGGAGUGUGACAUUGGCCCGCAUGUGAUAGGGUAGAGUAGGGGUGUAGCAUCGCCUUGCAAGUUAGGUUAAGUGAAGCGGUAUCACACAAACACCGUAUAUCAAAAACAUAUCAAUUCUGUGCCCCUUAUAAAUUUAGUUAAAUACUAUUCUAAGAGAUACAUAUGAAUAGAAUAAAGAGACAAAAUAAUCGUUUGGAGUAUCAAAUACAUACUAAGUGUUGUUUUCGUACGUUGGUAAAGUAAUAUCGAUUAGAUUGUGUUUUGAGAUGUGGAUCAUUACGCAUAGUACCCGAGUAGUGUCGCGCAAGUUCCAUUUAUUUAAUGUCGCUGUAGAUUUUUAAAUGUUAUUUUAACUGUUAUUAUCUUUAAAUACAUAAAUGAUAUGGCUUAAUUACCAAAUUAAUUUUAACAGUUCGGUUGAAUUCAGUAUUAAAGUCGUUGUUUUAUUUUCUGUAAGGAGAUUCUUGCGCAUUGCUGAGGACUUAUUUGUAUAUCGAGCAAAAUAAACCAUACAAACUAUAUAGCUAGUAAUUAAUUGUUAGAUUUGUGUGACUUGAAUUAUUUAAUGCUUUUAGAGCAGAGGUAAAGUGUUAUUGUGGUUUAAGGAAGACAUAAUGACAUUGUAAAAAUAGUGAUAAAUUUAGCUUAAUUAUCAUUAUUACAACUUUUAUAGAUGUUCAUUCAUUUUCUUUUCUUACUUCGUGGAGUAUGUGGCAUUGGAGACGUCAUUGUUAAUUCAAAUAAAUUGAGCUCAUCCUCAAUGGAAGUUUUUAUUCUUUGAUAACCCUGUCUCGGAUUAACGACUUUACAAGUCUCCAAGUAAAAGUUUCCAACAGAACAGACUUGAUAUCUGUUAUUUUAGUUCCAGCGUUCAGAUUUUGAAAUAUCGAAGUUACCCCGCUGUUAUCAAGAUGAAUGGUCUCAAGGCAGACAUGUUUCUCAAUACACGUCAGCGUGUUUAUUCUUUCUGUCAAUAAUCUUGUAAUAUUCGAAACUUAGUUCUAAAUUGUAGGUGUCUAGUUUAGGAUAACAGAUUAGACAUAAAUGAUGGUUGAGCUUUUAAACUUUGCUUUGUAGAUUUAUCUGCUUCAUACGUCGCCUUGUAAAAGGAAUUGCAUUGAAAUAUUAUUGUUUGUAUUGAUAUGUCCCAUACAUUCAUUUUACGAGGUCGACGUAAAUGAAUCUUUCAGUGAAGUUGCUAUGAGGUCUCCUAAUUUCAAUGAUAACUUAUGGCAGUGUUGUAUUUAUGUUAUUAUUAGUUUUAAAGCAUUAUAGGGUCCAAAGAUUGGGAAUAAACAUAUGUGACAAAUUAAA